UGUUGCCAGCAUUAUAUUAUUUAUUUAUAUCGUUUGUUUGCAACGAAAUUAAGAACGAAAACGAAAUGCUUCAAUGUUGAAUGAAUCAGAGGGCGCAAGCUCAUUUGAUAUGUGGAAAGACUGCGCGAGAAGCCUGAGCGCUUCGUUUCGAGUCACUGGGGACCCCUGUGCGCAACAAGAGCCCCCCAUGAGAGCAAUAUUGCAACCAGACGCUCGCGAUUGGACGGACGUUGAUCAGAUGGUACAGUUCCCUUCUGCCCUAUUGAGUGGCACCUCGCAAGCCCCCUUCAGCUAAAACCAAAUCUCCGAUAAAGUAAUGGCAAAACCACUUGGACUAUAAAACAUUACAAAUCAUAUUCCUCGGAGCAUAUUUGUCCAUCCAAUGAGUUCCUAUUUUGUCAACUCAACUUUUCCUGUUUCUCUGCCCGGAGGACAGGAGUCUCUCCUCGCUCAGAUACCUUUAUAUUCCUCCGGAUAUACUGACCCUUUAAGACACUUUUCCAACGCUACAUAUGCUGCCAAUAUGCAAGAGAAGGUUUACCCAACCUCAUAUUACCAGCAAACCACUAGUAUCUACGGUCGCCCCAGCACCAGCGCUCCCUGCGACUAUACAGCUGCCACUUUUUACAGUGACCGCUCGUGCGCUUUCGCAAAUCGAGAGGAGCAGCCGCUCUUUGUAACUCAGGACCAGCGCAAGUCAGAGUGCCUCGAGCAGAAUGUAAACAUAACCACUGCUGUGGACGACAAGUCUUCUCUGCUUUAUCCGUGGAUGCAAAGGAUGAAUUCUUGCACCGCCGGGACAUUGGGCAGCAGUGGACGCAGAGGCCGUCAGACCUAUACUCGAUACCAGACUCUUGAGCUCGAGAAAGAGUUCCAUUUCAAUAGGUAUCUCACCAGGCGCCGUCGGAUCGAGAUUUCGCAUGCUCUGUGUCUCACUGAACGUCAAAUAAAGAUUUGGUUCCAGAAUCGCAGAAUGAAGUGGAAAAAGGAGAACAAAGUUAUGAAUCCUUCGAAACCCAGCGAUGAAGAGGAGGAAAAGCAGACAGAUUGAAAGGCACUGAGUAAAAAAGCGACACAAACCAUCCUGUAACUGUUGUAACAUGAAUUGAGAGAUGUUUAAUUAUUGUCGCUUGUUGUUUUUCAUAAAAUAGCUGCAUAGGCCUACACAUUUUUGUGGAAAUAUGUAAAUAGGCCUACUAGAUAAAUAUAUUUGCACGAUGAAAUAACGUCUGUUGGUUAGAAACAGGUUAAAAACAACUGAAGCUGGCUAGCCUAUUCUUAUUUGAUUGUGUUUGUAUUUUUUGUUUUGCCAAUAUUGUUGCUUGAAAGUAAAAUGGGUUUACCACAUCCACAAAGUCAAAAUUGGCUAUAUCGUAAAUAUUCAUGAAAAAAUAAAUGUGGUCUUAAUUUAAGGUUAGGUAGU